CACUGGGAUUAGAAGAUGGAGAAUUUUCUCAUUCCUCUGAAAAGCCUUAGUGCCACAUGGCUGAGCCCCAGCUGCACUACCUUUGUGAUGGAUAUGAUCCUUGCCAUUGUGUGUGGACUGGGGCUCUUCUUUCUGUUACUGCCCUGGCUCCAGGGUGAACCAUCCUUACCACCACCCAGGAGAAAUUGCCGAAUGUACCAUAAGCUGGAUAAGACCCUAACUUCCCUUCUGGAAAGUGAUGUAGGAAAUGACAAGAGUCGCCUUGAAGACACACUGAAAAUGCAUUUGGGUGUGAAGUCAAGGCAGAUCCAGGAGGGUCUGAUCCCUUUGAGAUUGCAGAUCCAGGAGGGUCUGAUCCCUUUGAGAUUGCGCCGGUCCUCGCUUUCUGCCCAAAGAGCUUAG